AUGACAGCCCAGGAGCUGCAACGAACGUCAAUUGAGCAGUCUUCGCAGUCGUCGGGCGACGUUGCGGUGCUCAAAAAGAGCCUGACGACAGAUAGCAAGCAGCCUACGAGCCAUGUCGUUGAAUCUGGCUUCGUGUCGAGCGAUGAAGCGGAUGCACAGGCACUCGCUGCUCUCGGUAUCGAGCAACAGUUCUUGCGAGACCUGGGGGGAUUAGAGAUCUUCUCCAUUGGCUUCAGCAUCUUUGCCGUCGUGCCUGGCCUCGCCGUCGUCUUUGCCUACUCACUCGAAGGCGGUCCCGUGGCCAUGGUCUGGGGCUGGCUCGUUGCAUCGAUCUUCAUCGUCACCAUCGGCCUCAUGAUGGGCGAGCUGGCAAGCGCAAUGCCCAGUGCAGCAGGCAUCUAUCUCUGGUCCUACAAGCUUUCGCCGCCUUGGUGUCGCCGACAGAUCUCCUGGACCGUCGGCUAUCUUUCCACCGUCACGUCGACAACGGCGCUCGCCUCUGUCAAUUGGGCCACCGCCCAGAUCAUUCUCACCACAGCUACAAUCAAGACGGAAGGCUCAUUCACAUACUCGAAUGGCGCUGUCUUUGGUGUGUGCACAGCGGUGACACUGCUAGAGACGAUGAUCUGCUGCCUGUCUACAAAGGCUGUCGGACGGGCCGAAUUGCUCUUCCUCGCGCUCAAUAUCGGUCUCAUCUUGGCCGUCGUCAUAGCCGUGCCUAUUGCUACCCCCGGAGAAUAUCGCAACAGUGCGAGCUUUGCUCUUGGCGACUUUGAGACCGGUCUUGGCUGGAAUGGCGGCUUUGCCUUUGUCUACGGCUUGCUCGGCGCCUCCUGGACGAUCGCCAAUUUUGACAGUCUGACUCGACUGAGCGAAGAGUGCAGCAACGCUCAAGUGGCUGUCCCCCGAGCACUCUAUCAAUCCAUCUCCAUCGCUGGCGUGUUCGGCACCAUUUGCCUCGGUGCGAUCACGUUCAGUAUGGGUACAGAUCUGGAAGCGAUCAGCGAUACAGACCUUGGCAACCCUUUGGCACAGGUCUUCUACAACUCGCUCGGCAAAGGCGGCGCGAUUGCCAUGUGGAUUUUCAUCAUCCUGGCUCAAAUUGCGCUCGGAACCUCUCUUUUGCUUGCAAGCGCACGUCAGGUCUUCUCUUUCUCGCGCGACGACGCUCUGCCUUUCAGCGGCUGGUGCAAGACAGUGCGCGCCAAUAUCCCCAUCAAUGCGACGAUGUAUACUGCCUUCGUCACCACGCUCUUCACAGCCAUCUCUGCCUCUUCAGACUAUUCGAGCAGUGCCAUCUUCUCGGUCAGUAUUGUGAGCAUGUAUCUGGGCUAUUCGGUCCCGCCCAUCUGUCGAUACGGCUUCUACGACUACAAUAAAGACUUCCGCAAGGGACCCUGGCAUCUCGGCCGUUUCUCCUUUGUCAUCUAUCUUAUUUCCGUCGUAUGGAUGGUCUUCAUGACCGUCAUUGCGAUGUUCCCAGCGAGCUCGAUCACGAGCUUCUCAGAGGCCAACUAUGCCGUGCUCGUCAUUGCUUUCUGUCUCUUCGUCACUGCUUUAUAUUGGGUCUUCCCCUUUGGUAUCGGCGCACGACAUUGGUUCGUAGGACCACCGGUCGAACAAGAUCCAAGUCUGCGGGAUCAGAUCGAACCAAAGCCGAUGACAGAAACGUCAUAG